AGGAAAAAAAUUACUCAUGUGAGAUUUUUUACUAUUGUCUGUCUCAGUUCCUCACCAAAGUCAAGAGACACACAGCACCGGGAAGAAUCUUCAAGUGCUUUACAGGAGUGCCUUUUGAGUCAUUGCAGUGUCAGCAACAAUCAGAAGAAAAUGCAAAAAUUCAUCUCAAUAGCUCAGAACGCAUGGGAAAUUUUUGUAUCUGAAAGGAAGCCUGGCUGGAGAUGUCAGAUACAGCUUUUUGCAGUUUGCUCUGCAGUUGGCUUCCUCUCCAGCUUUCUGUUUUUCCUUAGCAUGCACUUCUCCUUGACACACAAUUCCUUGGAGCUCUUGCUGAUUUCUGGAUCCGUCUGGAUUUUGCUUUCUAUCAUGCUCUUUUUUUUCAAGCACCUGCGCUGUUUUAGUGUUCUGUUCCUCCUUUCUUGUGGACUGAAAAAUGGCAGGGAUGCUCUUAUUACUGCUGGAACAGGUGUUGUGGUGGCCAGCAACAUUCAAAAUAUUUUUCACAAUCUAAAAGUUCUGGCAGACAGUAUAACCUGUCAUUUAAAGCAAGAGCAAUUUGACUUGAUAAAAUAUUAUAUUGAGUCAAUAAGAUGGAUUUAUGAGGUGGCCAAAAUUCCUUCUGAGCUACCUAAAGAUAUAGUGGUCCUAAAGCACGAAUUCACACCAUCUUAUUCAAUUUUAGAUGAUGCAUUAAAACAAGAGCUAAAUGACACAGAGAAAGAAAUCCAGAGAAUUGCUAACCAGAUAUCUUUUAUGUUGACUAUACUGCCCUACAUAGGUCAGAAAGUAUUGCCCAUAUUUGGGGUUUUUCUAGUUUCUUUUGGAACUGGCCUCUUUAUCAAAAAAUUUGUGGGUUCUCAUAGUACCAAAUUUAAGAAUAUUUAUAUCACAAAACAGUUCAUUGCAUUUGAUGAGCACCAAAAGCAACAGCAAAGACCCUGUCUUCUGCCACUUAACAGAAAAGAGAGAAAAGAUUAUGUGAUGAUCCCAUCCUUCUUCUUCACAAGAAAGGACAGGAAAAAAAUGCUGUGUUCUUUUCUCCCUAUAAUUAUUCAUCUUUGCAUCUGGCUUCUGUUUGCUGCAGUAGACUCUUUGUUUUAUUUGUUAAUUAUAUCUGUGAACAAGUAUCUCCAAGAAGUACCGGAUCUAGACAUUCAACUCAUUCUCUUUCAGAAUAAGAAUGAGAAAAGCUUUGUCAUUUCUGUGAAAGAGCAUAUUGCCAAGACUGAUUCUUUCAAAAUCCUUUUGGUUAAGAAAAACUGCAUCCCUCAUCCAGAGCUCACUCUCUCCACAACAUGGAUUCAGCUUGGAGUCAUCAUCUUCUUCUUAAUAAUUUUUGGGUUAUUCUCUGGCCUCCUGACCCAACUAAAAAUACUCCUGUCAACUUCCUUUUAUCCUGAUACCGAGAUGAAACGGAUACAUUAUUUACACGCAAAAUUACUCAAAAAAAGAAAAAAGCUACAAGAGAAAACUGGGAAGAACAUAUUUGCAAGAACGGUCGACUUUUGGUUUCCAAUACUCAAGGCAGAGGCAGUGAGCAAGAAAGAAAGGAGUGUAGCAGAAUGACAGGAUGAUGUGCAAGAGACCAAGUGAAUCUUUGGAUAUGGCUGAGAUGCUUUAGCUUCACCUAUGUUUUGCACCAUUUUUCCUAUAGAAUGUCAAUUGUAAAAGGUAAAAUCUUCACACUCAAAGGCUGAUCAGCAGUAUUUUGGAAAAGAUGCCAUUGUGGAUAGUGUGCAGUUCACCACAGAUUGCUCUGGAUUGCAUUAACAGUUGUUUUUCAGCUUGGUGUUUGCAUUAUGUGGUACUUGAGGAAAUCAUGGAUGAUCUGUUAUUCUAUCUAAAAACAAUAAAAUAGUUUGGACCUUUUAGGUCUACACCAGAAACCUCUUUGGGUUGAGCUAACAGAGGACGUCAUGACAGCAGCAGGUUUGUCUUCUUCACGUUUGUCAGACACUGAAGAAAGGACUGAAGAUAGAAGACGCAGCAGAGGCUCUGCAUCCAUUGCCUUCUGGGAUGGCCAAGAACUGGGACUUAGGUGUUUCUAGACAUUUUUAUCUAUUUCUCAAGCCUCAAGCCCUUCAGCCUGGAUCUUUGCCAUCCCUAGUUUCUAGUCUCCCACCCAGAAUUCCUUACUUGGUCUUAGUCCCCACUUCCACGUAUCCAUAGACUGCAUCACUAGUACAGAUUGUUCGAUGCCUUUGAUAAUCAUGAGAGGUCAGGUAACAGGUAGAAGUGAGAAUGGUCACAAGAGCUAGAACGGGGAGGAACCAGGUACUGGGGGGGGCAAACAAGUUAUAAUUGAAGGGUGAGGCAUGUAAGCAGAGGUGAACAAUGUUUCAGAUCUUGCAGACUGAAGAAGAUUGCAGAAGAGACAAAAAUGAGCUAAAUUAUGUUGCAGAAGCACCAAUUACUUCAAUUCAAUUAAACUGAGCCAAUACUGAAGCGCUUCACCUAUUCAACCAAUAUUGCUGAUGUGACCUUCAUAUGAUACAAGAGUAAAUGCAAAAUGCCUAAAAAUAUAGGAAUUACUUACGUAGCUUUAGAGAUUUAAUGUAGAGCUAAAAAAUGUACCCAACAGGCAGUGUAUUUCUGAUUUUCAGCCACAGCCAACUUCCUUUUUUAGUCUGAAUAAUAGGAAAUUCUGCUCUCUUCCUCUAUAAUACAUGCAUGGUUUCAGGACAGCCAUUGAUCAAUGUCUCUGUUAUCUGAAUGAAUUAAGACUUAAAACUCUCCAGUAGCAAGUGUCAGAAGUUAUUUUGCACUUAAACCACAGAAAAACACAAAGACUGUUUUUCUUUGGGCCUUCCAAAGUCUCACUACCCCAUGCAUAUGGGUGGUCCAGGUUGCUUGUGUGACAACAAUUUGUCUCGGGAAAACAGUGCUGGAUAAAAGCCAUGCAUUAUUGAGGGUUGUGUUGAAUGUCUCUUAGAGGCCUGACUACGUCCUUUUUGCUAAAUUGGAACAGCCCUGAAUAAUAGCAGAAUGUCAGCUUGUAUUUUAGGUGCUACUGUCAAGCACCAGCAGCAAGAAGCAUUCUGGUGAGAGAGAAGCAUUUAGAAGGUUGCUCUAAAUUUGGACUCACAGAACAGUAUAGCUAUCCAGGUGCUAUUGAUAAGAGGAUCACACUCUUGCUAUCAUUGCAGAUGAAAGGGGAAGAGCUACAUGUCAAUACGAGCUAUAAAUUUUUGGCAGAGUUCUGACUAAUUGCCGGCGGGAGUUGGAUGUUCUCCUUUCAAUCCCAAAGGACAAGCUGGUGAGAAGCCCGAAUAUGGGGGCAAGUCUGAUUGACAGCAUUACCACAGAACACCAUGCACUUAUCAUCAGGAGCAAGACUUUGGUUUGGAGUUUCCUGCCUGUCCUGUUUGAUGGUGUUGCCACUCAGAAUACCUUUUCACUCUGUUGUUCUAUGAGAAGCACACGAAUGCUUUGCAACACAUGAGAAUGGUUCAUCAAAAUGGCUCAGAUGUUGGCCAGUCAUUGAGAGAGAUGCCUAAAUCUGUUAGGAUUUUGAGUUCCAUAGUACUCUCUCAGGAAAAUGCCCUGUCCGCAUUUUUCAUUUACUUAAGGAAAUUCAGCCAAUGUUAGAUGUGGAUGCUCCCCCCACUACCUGUCAGGACAAUUAAACAUUGCUUAUCUUGCCCUUCAAACUGAUAAAAACCAAUCCUUCUUGGGUAACUAACUGUAAUGCUGUACAACAUGUUCAGUUCUGGUAAAUAUUUUACCUAGAUGCUUGACCCCACUACCAGUGACAGAAGACGUGGAAAAGCCCAAGGUAUUUCUUUGUCUUGGUCUUUAGCCAUAGACCUCUCAGACCUGAAGGAAAGGCUGGAGCAAGGGAAACUUACCCCUUGUAGUCAGAGAGCACCCAAACACACAGGAGCACUCAAACACUGUGAGACAUGAGGAGAGGCAUCCAUGGAUAUUGAGGGUGCUGGUUGGUGUCACUGAAAUGUGUGUUUUUUGUAAAAGGUCUUGGUGAUCAGGAAGCAUUAUUAAGGACUGGAAGGAAGCAUGUCACUCCCAUUUUUAAGCAGUGCAAGAAGGAAAAUCUGAGAAACUUCAGAUUUGUCAGACUCAUCACAAUCUCUGGGAAGGUGAUGGAACAAUUUCCCCUGGUAGCUGCUUCCAAACAUCAAGGCCAGGAAGCUGACUGGUAUAACACUGAAACGCAGGAAAAAACUUUUUUACUGUGAGGGUGGCCAAACACUGGAAUGGGAGGCCCAGAGAGGUUAUGGAAUCUCCAGCCCUGGAGAUACUCAAAAGCCACUAGACAUGGCUCUGAGCACCUCAGAGCAGCAAAGCUGGAGCAGAUAUCUCUAGAGCUGCCCAAGAGCCUCAGCCAUUACGUGAUUAUUGACUUUAACGCAGCACAUUUCAGGAAAAACACUAGAUAUGCACAGCAAAAGCUUGUUUUAAUUUGUGACCAUGCUGUGCCAGCAUCAAGGGUGCCGCCUGACAAAUAUUGUUACAAUUACACUCAGACAAGAGUCACAUACUUGAGUGGACUAAUGCACACUUUGUUUCUGUGAUCAUACAUAUGCAUACCUGUAUGCUGAACAUGACCCAAAUGACAGGUAAAAAGGAGAUAAGUUUACUCUCCCCCCAUCUCCCUAAAUCUGUUUUAUCAGGGAAAAUGAAACAUUCUGCACCUUUUUUUUAAUAGUUUUUUAAAUAAAUCAAAUCUACCAUCUA